AUGGGUCAGACCAACCAGACCUGGGUGACAGAAUUCUUAUUCCUGGGACUUUCUGAUGACCCUCAAACUCAGCUUCUACUCUUCAUAUUAUUCCUGGUCAUCUACUUGAUUACUGCACUUGGAAACUUGCUUCUCAUCAUUCUGGUUCUGGCUGACUCAAAGCUCCAAAUGCCCAUGUACUUUUUUCUGUGCAACUUAUCUGUAGCUGACCUCUGCUUCUCUACUAGCAUUGUUCCCCAAGCCCUAGUCCAUAUGCUGACCAGGAGAAAGUUAAUCUCUUUCAUUGGUUGUGCAGCUCAGCUUUUCCUAUUCCUUGUUUUCGGAUGUGCAGGAUGUGCACUGUUAUCUGUGAUGUCCUAUGACCGGUACUUGGCAAUCUGUGACCCCAUGCACUACCCUCUCAUCAUGACAAGAAAGGUGUGUAUCAAGUUGGCUUUGGGGUGCUGGGUAAGUGGUGUGCUAGUGUCAAUAGUGGACACGACAUUUACACUACAAGUCCCCUAUCGAGGAGACAAUAAGAUCCCUCAUUUCUUUUGUGAGGCCCCAGCCCUCCUGGCUCUGGGAUCUGCCAACACCCACAGAGCAGAGACAGUCAUUUUCUUAAUGGGUGUGGUGAUUCUUCUUGCACCAGUAUCCCUGAUCCUGGUCUCCUAUGGCUCUAUCAUAGUAACUGUGGUCAGGAUGAAGACAACCUCAGGGAGACUCAGGGCAUUCUCCACUUGUGGAUCUCAUCUCAUUGCAGUCACCAUUUUUUAUGUAUCAGCAAUCAUGACCUAUAUGACACCUAAGUCCUCUAAGGAGCAAGGGAAGCUUGUAUCUAUUUUCUAUGCUGUGAUAGCUCCCAUGUUUAAUCCCCUCAUCUACAGCCUGAGGAACAAGGAAGUGAAGAGGGCAUUCAGGUACACCAUCAUCAAAAGACAACCUUGUAAACUUUGA